CCAAGUGAAGAAGCUCAAUUAUGUUUACAACAUUGUUGUAAUUCCAAAACUUCAUAAGAAUUUCUCUGAUAAUUAAAAAAAAAAAAAGAGUUGAGCCUUUUUGGUGUCAUCAUGAAGAGACUAAGUAGCUCAGAUUCAAUGUGUGGUCUCAUCUCCACUUCUACAGAUGAACAGAGUCCAAGAGGGUACGGAAGCAAUUACCAAUCUAUGCUUGAAGGUUAUGAUGAAGAUACUACACUAAUGGAGGAAUAUUCCGGCAACCACCACCACAUGGGUCUAUCGGAGAAGAAGAGAAGAUUAAAAGUUGACCAAGUCAAAGCUCUUGAGAAGAAUUUCGAACUUGAGAACAAACUCGAGCCUGAGAGGAAAACGAAACUAGCACAAGAGCUUGGACUUCAACCUCGUCAAGUAGCGGUUUGGUUUCAGAACCGUCGUGCACGGUGGAAAACAAAACAGCUUGAGAAAGAUUACGGCGUUCUUAAGAGCCAAUACGAUUCUCUCCGCCACAAUUUCGAUUCUCUCCGCCGUGACAACGAUUCUCUUCUCCAAGAGAUUAGUAAAAUCAAAGCUAAGAUAAACGGAGACGAAGAUAACAACAACAACAACAACAACAACAACAACAAGAACAAAGCUACAACGGAGAGUGUUAAGGAAGAAGAAGUUCACAAGAUGGAUUCGAUUCCUUCGUCUCCUCUGCAGUUUCUAGAACAUUCCUCUGGUUUUAACUACCGGCGAAGCUUCACCGACCUCCGUGACCUUCUACCGAAUUCCACCGUUGUCGAGGCUGGAUCUUCCGAUAGUUGCGAUUCAAGCGCUGUUCUUAACGACGAAACGAGCUCUGACAACGGAAGAUUGACGCCGCCCGUGACGGUAACCGGCGGGAGUUUCUUACAGUUUGUGAAAACGGAGCAAACAGAGGAUCACGACGAUUUUCUAAGCGGUGAAGAAGCUUGUGGUUUCUUCUCCGAUGAACAACCUCCGUCACUUCAUUGGUACUCUGCUUCGGAUCAUUGGACUUGAGAAUCGUUGAUCCUAAAGAGAUUGAAUGAUCAAGUUGUGCUCUGUUUUACUCUGUGGGAAAACAGAACAGAGGGCAAAAGUGGAAUUAUCAAUAAAUAAGGAUUAUUAAA